AUGACUUUGCUCAUAUGUAACACAUUUUGUUUGAGCUUCCUAGCAUUACUAGCCACCAGUCGAGCCAGCUCGUGUCGAUCCUACUGCGGAAAUAUCACCUUGGAUUAUCCGUUUUCUCUCAAAUAUGGCUGCGGCCAUCCCGGUUUCAAAGACCUCUUGUUCUGCAUGAACGAUGUUCUAAUGUUCCACAUCAGUUCCGGGUCAUACAGGGUCCUAGACAUAGACUAUGCUUAUCAAGCACUCACGUUACACGACCCCCACAUGUCCACAUGCGACAACAUCGCGCUAGGUGGUCGAGGCAACGGUUUCGCGGUAGAGAAAUGGCGGGCGCCGUAUUUCAAUCCAACGCCAGACAACGUGUUCAUGCUCAUAGGUUGCUCGGCCGAAUCACCGGUGUUCCAGGGUUUCCCCGGACAGCACCUGCCUUGUAGGAAUGUAUCAGGGAUGGGAUGUGAGGAAUACUACGACUGCCCGGCGUGGAGGAUGGUGGGGCAUAAGACGUUAGGUUCGGGUUACGGGUCUGCUCCACCGGAGUGUUGUGCGGUGGCGUUCGAGUCAAUCAAGGCUAUAAAUUUGAGCAGACUACAGUGUGAAGGGUACAGCAGUGCAUAUAGUCUAGCACCGUUGAAAGUUGAUGGGGCUGGUGGGUGGUCCUAUGGGAUUCGAGUGAAGUACUCGGUUCAAGGCAACGACGAGUUCUGCAGAGCUUGCGAGGCCACCGGUGGAGCAUGUGGAUUCGAAACCGACGGGGUUAAGCAGUUGUGCAUGUGCCGGAGCUUCAAUUCCACCACCAAUUGUGAUUCAGAAAACUCAACCUCCGAUACAAUGUCACUUUCAUUAGCAGAUGCAUUGGCAGGAUUUAUGAUAUAUAUGGGAAUGUGGGUGAUGAGCAGCCAGUUUUGAGAUAAGGGAGAUGGAACAUUGCUCGUGUAUUCCAUGUGAA